CUCCCUGCGAUAGACCUGUUGGUGGCAGCAGGGGGGCCGCCGUCCACACAUGAAGAAGAGCGGCACAGCGCCCUCCUCAGGAAGUGGUCUUUGCACUAAGCUCUUGAUCCUAAGCAUCGCCAUAUUGACAUCCCCACAACGUUGAGAGGAGACAGAGCUUUGUGGUGGACCCCAGUGAUGACUGUAUUGACUCCUGUACCCCCUGAUUAGACUGCUUGGAUGAACCUUUUAACCCUCAGAUUUCUCACGAUUAAAGAAUCGCAGCCCCUGUUGACCCUUCCCUCAUCCUGGAGGUCCACUCCAAGGAGCUUUAGUGAAGAUCCUACUAGAAUAUGUCUGGGCCUGUACCAAGCCGCUCCCGAGUUUACCCGGACGUAAACACACAGAGACCCCGGGAAUACUGGGAUUAUGAGUCCCACGUGGUGGAAUGGGGGAACCAGGACGACUACCAGCUGGUCAGAAAACUGGGCCGAGGGAAAUAUAGUGAAGUGUUUGAGGCCAUUAACAUCACGAACAACGAGAAAGUAGUGGUGAAGAUUCUAAAGCCGGUUAAGAAAAAGAAAAUCAAGAGAGAAAUCAAGAUCCUGGAGAACUUAAGGGGUGGUCCCAACAUCAUCUCACUGUUAGAUAUCAUUAAGGAUCCCGUGUCCCGAACUCCUGCUUUGGUUUUUGAACAUGUCAACAACACAGACUUUAAGCAAUUGUAUCAAACCCUUUCUGACUUUGACAUACGGUUCUACAUGUACGAAAUCCUGAAGGCCCUGGAUUACUGCCACAGUAUGGGCAUCAUGCACAGAGAUGUGAAGCCACACAAUGUUAUGAUCGACCACGAACACAGAAAGCUGCGCCUCAUCGACUGGGGCCUGGCCGAGUUCUACCACCCCAACCAGGAGUACAACGUCAGGGUGGCGUCCCGGUACUUCAAGGGACCCGAGCUGCUCGUAGAUUACCAGAUGUACGACUACAGCCUGGACAUGUGGAGUUUGGGCUGCAUGCUGGCCAGUAUGAUCUUCAGGAAGGAACCCUUCUUCCACGGGCACGACAACUACGACCAGCUUGUGAGGAUCGCUAAAGUCUUGGGCACAGAGGACCUGUACGACUACAUCGACAAGUACAACAUAGAGCUGGACCCACGCUUCAACGACAUUCUGGGAAGACACUCCCGUAAGCGGUGGGAGCGGUUCGUCCACAGUGAGAACCAGCACCUGGUCAGCACCGAGGCGCUGGACUUCCUGGACAAGCUGCUGCGCUACGACCACCAGGCCAGGCUGACGGCCCGCGAGGCCAUGGACCACCCCUACUUCUACCCCAUCGUCAAAGACCAGGGGAGAGGAGCCACUCCAGGAGGCCUGGCCGCCGGGGCCACGCCCGUCAGCUCCUCCAGUAUGAUGGCAGGCAUGACCUCCAUGUCCUCCACGCAGCCCUUGGCCAACAUGGCGGGCUCGCCCGUCAUCUCCGCCCCCAACGCCCUGGCCGCGCAGGUCUCCGCGGUGACCGGGCCGCAGCCCUGAGCCGCCCGGUGCCCCCCCCCCCCCCCCCCCCCCCCGCCGUGUGCCCCCUCCCCUUUUUAUCAUUUUGAAAAUAACAAAGAGAAAGAAUUCAAAUGCUUUUCACGUUCAGUUUUUUUUUUCCCCUUUUUUUUUUUUGACAUCUGAACCUAACAAGUGUUUCGUUCCAUCGUCAGGAUUAUUAGCAUUAAUUUGGGUGUUAUUUCACAAUGCCAGUGUCUAGAAAUUCUAUUACGAUGUAGACAUGAAGAGAAUGGAUAAUAAAAUUUAUUUUGUAUGUUCCA